AUGGUCAAGGGGGAUAACAGUAACUACUGGUUCCCGUCGCUCUUCUUUAAAGACAACCAGACUGGCAAGUAUGAGGACAUAGAGCUCUACUAUGCCCAAGUAUACUAUUUCUUCGAGCCUACCAACGACAAGAUCAGAGCCUUUCCGCUGGGUCUCAACAUGGUUGUCGGCGAUGCAAAAACACGCUCACCUCCUCCUGGUGGCGCUACUGGCAACCUCGACUUGUCCAAAGGCCCUCUCAACCCCGUCAAGUGGGUCUGUCCCCGUAAGAACUACGUUCCGCCAUCGUGGUCGGUUGCCUCUGAUGGCACACGCGCUGGUAUGCCUAAUGUCCACAAUAGCGCUGAAGGAGUCGGGUUUCCAGAUGCGAAUUGUGACGAAUAUGCCUCUCCACUUCGCGCCGACAUCCACUUUCCCUCCUGCUAUAAUCCAAAAGCAGGCCUAACCAACUUCAAGAACAACAUGGCAUAUCCCUUCCGCGCCAGUAACGGAAGGUGGGACUGUCCGAAAGGUUGGUUCCAUCUCCCGCAUCUGCUUUUCGAGAUUUAUUGGAACACACCAGCUUUCAAGGGCCGCUGGAGGCCUGGCGAGGGCGAGCAGCCCUUUGUACUCUCCAAUGGCGAUGCCACUGGCUACAGUCUCCAUGGAGAUUUUUUGUCCGGCUGGGAUGAGAACCUGCUUCAGCACAUCAUUGACACAUGCGAUACGGGUACCAGCGGUAUGGACAAAUGCUCCGGCCUCUAUGGAGUAAAUAGCGAUAGCACCUGUGAGAUCCAAAGUCCGGUGAUGGAGACCAUCACCGGUGUUAUGGAUGCCCUGCCCGGUAAUAACCCCAUCUCCGGAUGGCACUAUAGCGCCGUUGGAUUGGAAGACAAGCCCGUCCGCCGGAUAUAG